AUGGAACAACAACGACACGGCCGCCCUAUUCGCGAUAGGACAUCAAGAAGAGUGAACCCUUAUGCGCGAUUCAAGCCUGAGCCUGAACUAAAUGCCAAUCCCAAUCAGACCGGAUCUUCAAUUAUCAACAAAGUCAAGUCGCUUUUCACAUGGGCCAAAGCGCCAGUAAAUUCAGAGAAUGAUAAUGAAGAAAACAAUACAAAUAAUACCAAAUCAUUUUUUGACAGUUUCAAAGUUUUUAAAUUCCAAGCCCCUGAUUUGUCUCGGUUUGGUAGCGGCAACAGCAACAGCAGUAGCAGCAGCAGCAGCAAUGAUAGCAAUAACACAGCGCUACAACUUUCAACAUCUGAACAAGCCGGACUAAGUCGUCUUGGACUAGAAAACUUGAAUGAGGAUGAGAAUCUGUCUAGUAACUACCAUGCUCUUGCGGAGUUUUUUGAAAAGAAAGGCUCUGAGCCUUUGACUGAAAUUGAGGAAGAGGGCGUAAAGUCCAUUUUAAGACGAAUCCAACUGAAAUCAGCAGGAAACAGUCCAAAUGGAAAGCUGAGAUACCCUGUAGCAUCUAUUCAUGCACCUUCGCUUAAUAGAUUUGAUAGUAUUCCCAACACAGCAAAUUCAUUCAUGCCGCGAAAUGGAAAAAAGCAAAAGGCAAGCCACGAAAGUUCCGAUUCCACACCGCUUAUUAAAUACACACCACUAUAUUCUGGAAACACAAAACGUCCUUUGGAAAUAACCAAGUUUAAACUGCGGAAACUUAAUAACCUUGCAUCUAUUCCUACACCUUAUAGACCCACCACUGAUUUAGAGUAUUAUCAAUCUCAAGAAGAUGAUGAGCAGCUCCCUGACGUCGAUAAUGAUUAUGAGAGUACAGCUUUAGUUAAAGCGACUGAAGAAAAUGGAAACUCCAAUCUUGAGGAAGUGACUUCUGCUGAGGAAGAAAAGGAGAUGAGCAAGACCGCUUCAGCUAUGCUUUCACUUAUUGAGCCUCUGGAUGAGGAAAAGAAACAAGAGAACGGCAAACCCCAACCGAAGAAGCCUUUUAUUAAUCCAUAUGCAUCUACAGCGGCGCGGUCUACGCCGCGAAAUAAACGGCCUCGUCGGCCGGUCGUAGCAUCAUCUUUGUCUUCACCUUCAGGAAUCAUUAAGAGCUUAGAGCAGACCAUGCCCGAAUCCGGUGACAACAAUACCGAAAACUCUAACUCAGGAUCGGCAUCGCUUCAGCGUAAAACAGAUGCGGCUUUUGUGGAUAAGUACAAACCAGCGCGUUCUUCAUCACUACGCAAAUCGCUUGAUCUGACUGCUGACGAGGGGGGGUCUUCGCCGCGCGUCAGUAUGAUAUCCACAACAAUCAUUGAUACACAACAGCCCAAAUUUACUGCUCGAUGGUCCGCUCCUGAGUUUGCCGAUGAAGAGGACGAUGAAGGUGAUGUCAAGUUAGAUGAUGCUCCUAAAUCGUCGUCAUCACCGCAAUCGGCGAAGGCACCUUUAUUUUCCUUUAGCAAGCCUAAAGAGAGUGCAGCUGAAGGCAAGCCUGCUGCUCCUCUAUUUACUUUUGGCGAUAACAAAAAGACUGAAGAAGAGAAGAAGGAUGAUUCCGAACCCCCUAAUAAAGCUUCUACGUCACUUUUCAGUUUUGGUGGAGCCACUACUGAUAAGCCUGCUAAGCCGCUCUUUGAGACUGGUAUUGGUGCGGCGACAACGGCGGCGAUCACGCCCACUAUUACUUUAGGCUCAAAUAACAGCACUGCAUCACGGACCCCAGCCGCCACUUCCAAGCCACUAUUUCCUACUACCUCAUCAUCGAAGCCUCUUUUCAGUACUGGAUCCACAACCCAAGCACCUGCAUUUAAGUUUGAGGGGCCUGCUAUUGUUUCUGGUAAUGCAGGAUUUAGUGCUGCGCCAGCGGUUGCAACACCUACACUUUCAACAUCUACAACAGUUCCCACAACAUCGCCUAUACGGCCAGCUGGGUCACCUGUGAAGUUUAGUUUUCAAGGAGCACCAGUUUCUGGGCCCAACAGUGGAGGUUUUAAUUUUGGUGUGAAUGGCAGUAACAGCAGCAGCAGCAGUAAUACAGGUGCUCCCAUUUUUAAGUUUACGGCUAAUGGUGGUGGAAUCAAUGGUAAUAGUGCAGUAGCAGCGACAACUACAACAGCCUCAAGUACUGGUAGUGGUGGAUUUCAAUUUACAGGUGUUGCCAAUGGUAGCAACGGUAGCAACGGUAGCACGACGACGAAGCCGUUUAUUUUUGGAGUUUCUCAGCAGCAAUCAACAUUGGCCACUAGUAAAGACAACAACGAUGAAGAGUCGCGGAAGGUUGCUUCUGUUUCUGAUUCGAUGAAGAUUGAUUUUGGGACUGUUGAUUUUGUGACUCCACCUUUGGGAGCUGUUGAUGAAGCUGUAAUUCAGACCCUGAAGGAAACGGAAUUUAUAUUUUAG